AUGACCAAAGAACAGACCACAGUCAUACCCGAAGAACUUUACAAUUUAACACAAUUGGCUGAAGUGGCAGCUGGUCGUUUGAACACCGCCUCCGAAGAGAAAAGCCCCGUUAAACACCAUCAUCACAGUGUCGUAAAUGGCGAUAUGGAGUCACUGAACGUGGAACGCCGUGUCGAUGUGAUUAACCGUAAAACCACACAUGGUCCGAUGAAAGAUAUACAAGGGCAUUCACACGAUGAGGAUGGCCACGAUGAAAAUGAACAUCAACGUGUAACUGAACCGACAACGGUACAUUGUGAAAUAUCCGCUGCCAUAAAGACAGAAAACAGAUCACCCGUGCCGCCAUUUGAAAGCUACCAACAACAACAGCAACAGCAGGAAGAACAAUAUCAUCUUCAGCAGCAAUACAGCGAACACCACCUUCAACAUUUACAUCAUCCUAAGCACCAACCGCAUCAUCAACACAGCCAACAGCCGGACCAUCAUCUUCACGUUUGUAAUUCGAAUUUGAAUGGUACAGCCUUCUACUCAUCUUCGGAUGAUGACUCCAAUUAUUAUAGCCAUAAAGUAUUCGAUCGCAAGAAAUUACGUAGAUCCACAAUAUCCGAUAAUUCACCACGUUACGAUGAACAUUCAUCGUGCAGCAGUAAAUCGGGUGGUGGUAGCAGUAGCAGCAGUUGCAGCAGCGAUGAGCAAUGCUACAAUCAACACAAGACUUCGGGUGAGGAGAUGCUGCAACAAAUGCACUUGGAUUCAGGUGCCACCAACGGUCUAAAUCUGCUCGACGACGAACACAUAUGUCCAGAAUGUGGUAAAAAAUAUUCAACAUCAUCGAAUUUGGCUAGACAUCGACAAACCCAUAGGUCGAUUAUGGAUAAAAAGGCGAGACAUUGUCCGUUCUGUGAAAAGGUUUAUGUUUCGAUGCCGGCCUUUUCGAUGCACGUACGCACCCAUAGUCAGGGUUGUGAGUGUCAAUAUUGUGGAAAAAAGUUUUCACGGCCAUGGUUGUUGCAGGGUCAUAUUCGAACGCAUACCGGUGAAAAGCCCUUCAAGUGCAAUGUUUGCACCAAAGCCUUUGCCGACAAAUCAAAUUUACGUGCACACAUACAAACGCAUUCGAACACAAAACCCCAUACCUGUAAGCGAUGCGGCAAAGCCUUUGCUCUCAAAUCCUAUCUGUAUAAGCACGAAGAGUCUUCGUGUUUGAAAAAUCAUCACAGAGGUGAUAAGGAGGUACGUGCCCAUAGAUCCCAGCAUAAUCAUCAACAAAACACCAAACAAAAUAUAACGCCGGCAGUUAGUUAUCGAACCGGUAAUGAUGGUGGCUGCGCAGCAGAAUCGGCUAAAACAACAUUGGCCACCAAGUUAUUGCAAAAAGAAAAAGACCGCCAACAGGCUGUAUUACAAUAUGCCAAUUUGGCAGCAACAAAUAGCGGAGCUUUACAAAUUAUUGCAUUGACAGGUGGCAGUGAUGUGGAUAGGACACCACUACAGCAACAACAACAAAAAUCCUACACCAUGUUAACCAGUCCCAUUGGCGGUGAGGAUUAUGAACACUAUAAACGUAUAAGUGUUAUACAGACAUCAGCUGGUAAUAAUAUUAGUGUGGGUGCUGGGGCUGGUCAUCUAUUCGCAACUGGCCAUCUAAGUGUGGAGGUUCCUGCGACGCCGCCCACCACUCACAUGCAAGUGCAAUUUUAUAAUGCAACAACAGGGGUAACAUCAACCACAACGUCACCCAAUGAACAAGAACUACAAGAUCAACCUGUGGAUUUUUCACCCAAAAAUAAUUUCACACAUUCGGUUAAAACGAGUCCUUUCGAAUUGACUGGCAAUUAUGCCAUUGUGGCCUAA